UUUCGUUUUGCCAACUCCAUAAGCGAAAGUUUGACAUUAGAAACCGGAAGCUCAAAAUGCAACAUUCAUUGAUCUAUAAGACUGAGUUGGCCCAUGACGACAGCAUCUGGACCUGUGCUUGGAACAGAAAUGACAAAGAGAACACAGAGAAUAUUGUAACGGGUGGUGUUGAUGACAAAGUUAAAAUAUGGAGAUGGGCUGAUGAGAGGUUGGAACUGAAGCACACAUUAGAUGGUCACCAGCUUGGAGUUGUCUCAGUUGACAUUAAUGCAACCGGCACAUUGGCUGCCUCCAGUAGUCUUGAUAGCCAUAUCCGGAUAUGGGAUAUAGAAGCAGGGAAGCAAGCAAAAAGUAUAGACUCAGGACCAGUUGAUGCCUGGACUGUCACAUUCUCACCAGACACAAGGUUUCUUGCCUCGGGCAGCCACACUGGGAAGAUCAACCUGUUUGGUGUGGACAGUGGGAGAAAAGAAUCCUCAUUAGACACCAGGGGCAAGUUUGUCCUCAGUAUAGCAUAUAGUCCAGAUGGUCGCUACAUUGCAAGUGGAGCCAUUGAUGGGAUUGUAAAUAUAUUUGAUAUGACAACAGGAAAACUCAUGCACACCUUAGAAGGUCAUGCUAUGCCUAUACGAUCUCUCUGCUUCUCUCCUGACUCCCAAUUACUGGUCACAGCCUCAGAUGACAGCCAUAUAAAAAUAUAUGAUGUUCAACAUGCUAAUCUGGCAGGAACAUUAUCUGGUCAUGGAUCCUGGGUCACCUAUGUGUCAUUCUCUCCAGACAACACCCACUUUGUCUCCUGUUCGUCAGAUAAAACUGUAAAGGUUUGGGAUUCUGGAUCAAGACAUUGUAUGCACACAUUCUACGACCAUGCAGAUCAGGUAUGGGGAGCCAAAUAUAACAGUACAGGGACUAAGAUAGUGUCAGUGUCAGAUGAUAAGUGUGUCCAUAUAUACGAUGCAGCUGUGUAAUUAAUAUGCCUGUAUAUGGACCCUGUAUAUAUAAUGUACAUGUAUAUCAUAUAUAUGUAUAUAUACAAAGUGAAACAUGAUUACAAGAUGCCUAUGACAGAACAGUUGCAUAGAGCAGUGGCCAUAUGAAUGAUUCUCAUAAAAAUGUCCCUGGUUUACUUAAACAUUACCUACUCCUACGAGGAACAAAGUAAAUCUCUCUGAAUUUCAGUUUCGGUUAAAUGGAUGUGAAUUUCAAAUUGAAAUAAAAUAGAAUUAUUUUAUAAUAAUUUUAUUAUGUCAUUUAAACUUCAAUCAGCAGGUGAUUCAAGGUCAAACUAUACCGAAGUAAUACUGUUUAUUAGUUAUUGUGUACAUGUAUAUAUAAAUUGAGAUACUUAAAAUGAUUCAUAUCAAUUUAAGUUUAAAUCCUUUGAAUAUUCACUUUAUUUUAUCAAAAUCUUCACCGCCAAAUCUUGUAUUAUAAUGUAGUGAAGAAGAAACGUCAAAUUGUCAUUGUUAUCUUUUUUGUGCCUACUGUCCUCUCAGCUUUUAUGUUGUGUUUUGGAAACUCACCUAUACACA